AACACUAGCCCAUUGCUUGCAAUGAGAAGCCCCGAAGUAUUGCAUGAUAAUAUCUAAGUUCUAAUCCAAAUGAUAGUAUUUUGAGGUGUUGUUUUGAAAAUUCAUCAAAUCGACAGGGAUUUUCAGUCUCGCACUAGGACAGGGAUGACACAUUCGUUUCAAAGUUGAAACAAGUUGCAUCGUAUUUGACGAAUUUCUCAUGACAAUUUUAUAUUUUGCUAUCGCAAUAAUUGGAAAUAAGACCAAGCCGUAACUACGUUGUUUCACUGGACUAAAUCUUUAUGGAACUAGUUAGGUCAAUAAAGUUUCGGGUCGCGAAACGAAAAUUCGUGUGUAUGUAGGUAACUUCAGCUAUUAGAGGAUAAGGUAACUUGUAUAUUGUUUCCUUCAAGAGCGCAGAGACAGUUCGUGACCGUAUUUCAUAUUCAACGGAACUUUCUGAAUGUACGAGUUUCGACCUCAUCAGCAUUUUGAUAAUGCAUUUUGAUGUUGAUACUGUGUAUGCGAAUAAGAUCUCUGCGGACGAUUCAGCCGACGGAAAGACAAACCUUUGAAUCUGAUAUUUGUGCGGUUAUUGUGUCUACAAUUCCACCGUCCAGAUCGAAUCCAAGAACCUAAGACUUCCUCCUCAUACAGCUGCUGUCACAGGAACGAUGCUGAUUACCCCGAGCACAAGGACUCAAAUAGGAUCUGAAGCUCCCAAGAACAGUCUACGAUGCCAGCCACACGGCCCCAACUUGCUCCGUUCGAUGCAGCAGCAUUCGGUUAUUUUUGGCUAAUCAGAUUCCUCCUGUCAUUCUGUGAACUGGAGUACAUAUAAAGUACAAACAUUACAUGGAUCCCCUAAUCAUCAUCGCCUCGAUUAUAGGAGACAAAAAUCUUGUGGCUCAAUUGAUUACAGCCGGGGCGAAUAUAGAAUGUAAAGACAAUGGCGGGAAUACUCCAAUCAUCAUCGCCUCGACUAAUGGACACCAAGAGGUGGUGGAUCUAUUGAUUAAAGCGGGGGCGAAUAUAGAAUGUAAAAACAUUAGCGGGAAUACUCCAAUCAUCAUCGCCUCGAUUAAAGGACACCAAGAGGUGGUGGAUCUAUUGAUUAAAGCGGGGGCGAAUAUAGAAUGUAAAGGUAAUGGCGGGAAUACUCCAAUCAUCUUCGCCUCGAUUAAUGGACACCAAGAGGUGGUGGAUCUAUUGAUUAAAGCGGGGGCGAAUAUAGAAUGUAAAGACAAUGACGGGAAUACUCCAAUCAUCAUCGCCUCGAUUAAUGGACACCAAGAGGUGGUGGAUCUAUUGAUUAAAGCGGGGGCGAAUAUAGAAUGUAAAGACAAUGACGGGAAUACUCCAAUCAUCUUCGCCUCGAUUAAUGGACACCAAGAGGUGGUGGAUCUAUUGAUUAAAGCGGGGGCGAAUAUAGAAUGUAAAGGCAAUGGCGGGAAUACUCCAAUCAUCUUCGCCUCGAUUAUAGGACACCAAGAGGUGGUGGAUCUAUUGAUUAAAGCGGGGGCGAAUAUAGAAUGUAAAGGCAAUGGCGGGAAUACUCCAAUCAUCAUCGCCUCGAUUAAUGGACACCAAGAGGUGGUGGAUCUAUUGAUUAAAGCGGGGGCGAAUAUAGAAUGUAAAGACAAUGACGGGAAUACUCCAAUCAUCAUCGCCUCGAUUAAUGGACACCAAGAGGUGGUGGAUCUAUUGAUUCAAGCGGGGGCGGAUAUAGAAUGUAAAGACAAUGGCGGGAAUACUCCAAUCAUCAUCGCCUCGAUUAAAGGACACCAAGAGGUGGUGGAUCUAUUGAUUAAAGCGGGGGCGAAUAUAGAAUGUAAAGACAAUGACGGGAAUACUCCAAUCAUCAUCGCCUCGAUUAAUGGACACCAAGAGGUGGUGAAUCUAUUGAUUAAAGCGGGGGCGAAUAUAGAAUGUAUAGACAAUGGGGGAGAUACUCCAAUCAUCAUCGCCUCGAUUAAAGGACACCAAGAGGUGGUGGAUCUAUUGAUUAAAGCGGGGGCGAAUAUAGAAUGUAAAGACAAUGACGGGGAUACUCCAAUCAUCAUCGCCUCGAUUGAAGGACACCAAGAGGUGGUGGAUCUAUUGAUUAAAGCGGGGGCGAAUAUAGAAUGUAAAGACAAUGACGGGAAUACUCCAAUCAUCUUCGCCUCGAUUAAUGGACACCAAGAGGUGGUGGAUCUAUUGAUUAAAGCGGGGGCGAAUAUAGAAUGUAAAGACAAUGACGGGGAUACUCCAAUCAUCAUCGCCUCGAUUGAAGGACACCAAGAGGUGGUGGAUCUAUUGAUUAAAGCGGGGGCGAAUAUAGAAUGUAAAGACAAUGGUGGGAAUACUCCAAUCAUCAUCGCCUCGAUUGAAGGACACCAAGAGGUGGUGGAUCUAUUGAUUAAAGCGGGGGCGGAUAUAGAACAUACCAACAAUGAGGGAAGAACUCCGUUUGGUUGUGUUUCGAUUGAAGGACACAAAGAGGUGGUGGAUCUAUUGAUUAAAGCGGGGGCGAAUAUAGAACAUACCAACAAUGAGGGAAGAACUCCGUUUGGUUGUGUUUCGAUUGAAGGACACAAAGAGGUGGUGGAUCUAUUGAUUAAAGCGGGGGCGAAUAUAGAAUGUAUAGACAAUGGGGGGAAUACUCCAAUCAUCAUCGCCUCGACUAAUGAACACCAAGAGGUGGUGGAUCUAUUGAUUAAAGCGGGGGCGAAUAUAGAAUGUAAAGACAAUGACGGGCAUACUCCAAUCAUCAUCGCCUCGAUUAAUGGACACCAAGAGGUGGUGGAUCUAUUGAUUAAAGCGGGGGCGAAUAUAGAAUGUAAAGACAAUGGGGGGAAUACUCCAAUCAUCAUCACCUCGAUUAAUGGACACCAAGAGGUGGUGGAUCUAUUGAUUAAAGCGGGGGCAAAUAUAGAAUGUAAAGACAAUCGCGGGAAUACUCCAAUCAUCAUCGCCUCGACUGAAGGACAUAAGGAUGUGGUGGAUCUAUUAGUUAAAGCGGAUGCAAUUAUUGAAGUCAGUAACUAUGAAAACGACACUCCGAUAGUUUGCGCAGCUAAAUGGGGUAAUGUUGAAAUUGUAGACGUUUUGUUGAAAGCAGGUGCUUGUUCCAGAAGUUCUAGUUGUGGAUCGAUAUUAAAUACCGGUGCAACGUUUGGUCAACGACGGGUCGUUGAAUAUCUUUUGAGACUCGAAAUGUCAUUAGAAAUCCGUGACUUGAAAGGAAACACCCCACUUCAAAAUGCAAUCAUAAAGGGUCAUCUCUCAGUGGUCCAACUCCUAAUAAGGAGUGGAGCAGAUACAUCCACAUCACACCCUUCGUCGGAGAGUAUUAUAUAUUCUGCUGCUUCGUGUGGCCAUGCCGAUAUCGUGAAAUACUUGGGAAGCAGAGGUGCACAGAAGUUAUUGGAUUUGCCCAAUGCCAGUGGGUGGUCGCCUAUUGCCAAGGCAGUUUCAGGUGGUCAUUUUCGGACAGUUAGACAACUUCAUCAGCUUGGAGCUGACAUGAACUGCAGUGUAAAUGGAAAAGGACUGCUUCAUCUAGCAGCUGAGUCCGGUUGCCUAGAUAUCUAUCAAUAUCUUAUUAUCGCUGGGCUUGACUGCAAACGACCCAACAUCCAUGGAUUGAAGGCUUAUGAAUGCUUCCCCUUUCAAUCAAAACUUAAUUAUCAAGCAAGCAACCGAUUAGGACAUUCCUGCGAACAAAGUCUCUCUUACGUCAUGUCGCGAUUAAAUGAGCAAUAUGCUACACCCGCGUAUAGAUACAAACUUUCAGAACUAUCUGGUGCACUGGGACUAGGCAGCGUGAAUAUUAUCGAGGGUGGUGUUUCAGAAACUAUCAUGAGGUUUGUAAGGGAGAAGGAGGUUGUUAAGGGUUCAGAGUUAUGCGGAAGUUCGGCUGAGGGCACGAAGGUUCAGCUGCCUGAUGAAAUGGACUUCCUUAGAUUGGUACAUUCAAAUCAUCUCUCUCGAAACGAAAUGGUUGACAACUUACAUGGAUAUAAGUAUAUACAAAUUAGAAAAAUUAAGAACAGGUUUUUAUCAAGUAAAGUACUCCAUGAGAUUGAAAGCCAAACCCUAGAAUCUAGCGCAAAAGCCCAAGAGUCUAAAAAAAGCGGAGAAAUCCGUUUGAGGGCAGUUGCUGGAGGAGGCGGUGCCAGUGUUCCUAUGACUAUCAGAUGGCCCGAUGAUAAACCUUCAAAACGCAUUGUCUCAGACCAUAUAGUAACAACCUUACGUGUAGAUGAUUGGCCCGAUGAUUGGCAAGAUGAUUGGUCCGAUAAUGCACUACAGAACGGAGAGUCUGAAAGUGAGGUAACGGCGGACGUUUGUGUUUAUCAACGGACCGGAUGCAUCUUAUCUCAAGCUGAUGUUAGAAGAGGAUUGGCCAGUGUUCCUGUGACUAUCAAAAGGCUUGAAAAUAUAUCAUCCAGUCUCCUUAUCUCUGUGGAUAUAGUACCGAUAUUUCAUGUUGAUGAUUGGCCAGACGAUGCUAUCAAGAAGACCUGGAAGAUGGACGAGGACACCUUGAGGAAGAGUGGGUAUAGGCUGGUCCUCAAACCGCCACACAAGGACAGUGAGUACGGACGGUUGCUACCCGAGGAAGACAGAGAAAGAAUGUUGCGGAUCUCCUUCUCUCAUCUAGAACCUGCCACAAUCGCACCUUUGGAUCCAAGAAUCAAAGACGCAUACAUCACAGCAAAGUGUCUGAGGUCACCUAUGGCAUGUGGCGUUGUGAUUAAAGACACGAACGGCGUCAUACAUUUCGUCAGUCACUUCCUUACGAGCUACCUCCUGAAGACAGUCUUCCUCCAUAACAUAGACGACUUCCUUGAGACAAACAGGAGCCUGCCAGAGAUGGUCUACAUCAUCUACAGCCAACUUGAGGAUUACCUCGGCAAGGGCAACCUACCGUUCUACUGGCAGCCCAGCGUCAAUCUGCUGGAAGGCUUGAAACUCAACAUAGCCAAGUCUCAUCAAGUCGCCAAGUUGAUGAAGGCAAUCGUUGGUAGGAUGUCCCGCCUGGAGCGUGGUGAUGAGAACCAUGGUGACGAUGCGAGGGAAGAUGGGCCAGGCAUUGAAGCCGCUGAUGACGAGCCUGACAUAGGUUGUUACAUCGUCGAAUUAGAAUAGCGAGCAAGUAAUCUUCACCCCGAUGAACACUUUGUAUGCGAGACGGAUGCUCCGGUGUAACCACAUCUAUGGUUAUUCCCUGGCCUCACCCGGCCCCGCCAGUUCAAACCACGAGAGUGCAUGUGUGCGAGUUGGGCCGACGCGACAGGCGCAGCGGUCGGAGAGAGUCUCUGGCAGGGUAUCUCGGACUUUGGUUCGAAAUCGAAAGCCUCAAGUGCGUCAGGACCUUCAAAGCCAAGUGGUAGGGAAUUUGUUCUUGAAAUGACACCGGGCUCAAAAUAGCUGCUAUGUUGACUUCGAGAGAGAGAAUGGUGAGGGAUCGUGUGGUGUACAAAGGAAAACAAGCACAACCGUAACAUUUUAGAAAACUUCUGAAAUUAUUCAGACCCUCUCCACCUCCUACAACUCUCCGUCAUUCAGAGAUGAAAUUGCAAAACUGUAGACUUUCCGAGGUUGGGGACACAUCACGGAGAUGAUAUACCAAAUGUUCACCACUUCUGAAAAAAAGUAUCAGAACUUUCAGAUUUUGGUAAAAAAUGCAACCCUGUCUUAUUUUAGAUGAUUUCUGAAGUUUUACAAUCUAUUUUCUACUUUUAACUAUGAAAUUGAUACAAAGGCGACACAUUGGCAUUGUUCAUCCCGAUUGAGUUGAAUGAUGGAUGGCAUCCAACGACAAUGCGUAUGAUAUCUACAGGGGGCUUGGCUUACAUAUCCAGACACUCUCAGAUCGGUAUUAUGACAUAGGAAGGUGGAUGUUGCACUCAAUUCCUUUCAUAGUACUUAUGAGUUACUUACACCCUUUGAUAUGCUGACUGCAUGGGUGAACAAAGGUAUGGACUGGUAUAUCUUGUAUUGACAUGUUAACUUGUAUUGAUAUUGUAAUUGCAUGAGGUAGGGUAGCUACCUUAUAACCUUAAUAUCCUUAUGUAUUGAAUUGUAUAAAUUGUAUUGUCAUGUAUUUACAUGUAUAAACUUGUAUCGACUUAUAUUGUAUUAUGUUCGGUGUAACCUUUUAUAAUUAUAUGUGUCACAAUAUUAUAUGGUAGAAGUCAGAAGGCCUAGAGAUUGCAAGCUGUUUGAAGCCAGUCUAUUACUAUCAUAACAUUGUAUUGCAAGAGAGUCACAUUCAUUAUUUCCUAUAUUUCGUGAGUAACAUUUAAGAGUGUGAAGCCUGGUAGGCCCUGUCACAAGUUCUAAAUGAUCAAGUGAUUACGGUUUUAUGUACGCUUGUAAUGACUCUCAUUACAGAAUGACUGCAAACUUGUGGAUGGAUAUAGAUUGAAUACUCGUUAAGGUGAUGCUAUAGUGCCUCCAUGUUGCCAGUCAACAAGAAUUCAUCCAAAAUAUCCACAAACUGGUAAAAGUGUUACUCGGAGAACAUAAUAGUUUGCGUUGCGUCCGAACAACAUGUUAUAUGACAAAGACAAGCAAGUGCUUUUACUUCAAUUUUGUGCAGAAAGCUUUGUGUACAUGUACAGUACAUAUAGCGUUUUAGAUAAAAUCACCCGCCAGUCUCUUUCAUAUCAGCCAUUAUCUUGUCCUAUUUGUUGGUGUUUGAAUCCGGUGUUCCUAAUACAUUAACAUAAUGAAGAGUGACUAUAUAGUUUCAUCUUAAGGGUUGACAAUAGGUACCGCCAUUUUGUCGAGUCCUCCAAAUCCUAAAGCCUUUAGAGCUCUUUCAAAACUUAGUGAAAGCUCAUUUCAAGGGCUGGAGUCUGUUUAUUGCUUUCCAGAGAACAGCCUCCAGGGUUUUAAAUGAGCAUUCACUACAUUUUGAAGGUGUUCUAAUCGCUUUUUGAUUGCAAUUUCUAGCCAAAAUGGCGGUACCUAUAGUCAACCCUUAAUCUUAGUGCACCUUCAGCUUUCCAACAAUUGUUUGGGUGUCUUUUUAGACUUCAAACUAUUUUGAGUUUCUCUCUAACGUUGUUUAAGCCAACUCGCUGGUCUUAAUGACUGAUCAUAAAAUUCAGUUUUAUUUAAGCUACAUGUGUGUAUCUUUUCCCAAUAUAUGUACCGUUUAGAUAUUCGCUGCAGUGGCGAUUUUUACGUGACCAUAAUGAGACCGUAGAAGGUUAUUCCAACGUGAAUUAUUUUGGCCGAUACGCGAAUUUGUUAUGAAAGAUAAUUAUUUAAUGAAGGUUGAAAAGAUUUUAUGGCGGUAAAGGCUGGGUAAUGACUGGUAAUGUAGUGAGUGGGUUAACGUGACAAAACAACUGCGACUUGAUCACUCAUUGCAACCAUUCCAGCGAAGUGUCCUUGCGAACCAUAUGCAAGUUAUUGUAAACAUUUUCAGUGAGAUUUUGAUUUUUGAAGGCCCAGGUGUCCUUGGUCGAAGUUGCUCAAUGCAAAUCUCCUUUGAUUCAGAGUUUCCUAAUGAGAAUUUCAUCAUGGCAUGUGUAAAAAAGAGGUAGUCGCUGUGAAUGGUUGAUUUUGGGUUGUAAACAAUGGUUUUUGUGCCAAACAGGUGGGUUUUGGGUGGAAAGAUUUGUUAGGAUACAAAUCCGGUGUUUUAAAAACUUGAAAGUGGCAAGAGUGGUUUUAUUAAAGUGGUUUGGUGUUAUUAGAUUUACCUUAGUAAAAUUUCAGUUCGAGAUAAGACCACCAUUGAAUAUUCAUAGGUUGCAGUAUUCAGACCUAUCAACGAGAAGCUUUUCCGAUUAUCUUUAAAAAUCCGUGGUCAACGACCACUUUAAUUUCCACAAGUUUGUCGCCAGACUGUCCGGAAUAUCAUAUCCACAUCUAAGAUUCAAAACUGCCCGCAGUAAUUGGUGCGACGUGGGCAAACUUUGGCAAAUGAACUGAUGAAAGUCUUUAACAAAUCAAUGGUGGUUUUGCCUCGUUGGACGAACGAGUCCUUCAGUUCUCACCCCCUAUUCUAGUAGGCGCUGUCUACCCGGCUCAACACUUGCGACAGGCGACACUUCAAAAAAGAAAGUCCUGGCUUUACUGUGUGUUUCUGAACCGAAGUCCGUUGCGAUUAUAUUUUAUAGUUCGGCUAAUUCAAGCCAUUAUAUGUGUACAUGUAAUCAUGUGCAAUUUCGCAAAUCAUUUUGAUUACAGUUCGGUAAUGCACAGAUAGAGGGAGAUAUUGCUUGUAAAUGGAAUGUUUCAUAAAAUUCGUGUCCGUCUUCAAGCAAUAAGACUCGAAAUAUGGUUAGACGCUUUAUGUCAUUCGGUACAGAUUCAUCCUAACCGGUGUAGAAGUAGAAAAUGUCCGAGGGAAAAACCAUCCACCCUAUUGUAUUUUGUCAGAUUAUGGUAUUAUGGUUCUUUCGGUGACAUUACCGUCUAUAGGUCAGAGAUUAAAGAGCAUAAUAGAAUCCUUUGCUCCCCCGGAAAUUCUAUCCUGGGACAUUUCAAACUUCUACACCGGACUCAUUGAAAACACUCACGUUUCCAUAUGAGGGCGGGGGGGGGGGGUUGUCUCAGAUGUUCCUAUCUCUUUGAUACUCUCUGUAGUCAAUGUGAGCCUUAGAGGCAGCACGUACUUGGAUAUCACUAUGUAUGUUUAUUGUUGCUUUUGCGCUGUUUAGUUUAGUUAUCAUGCUGUUUGUAUUCUUAACAUGAGGGACAGGAUUUGCAACACUUACGAAGUGUACUAAGUAUGUAACCAUUAUGAUAGAUGUAUUUUAUCGACGGCUGUCUUUGAUGAGUUCGCUGAGUCCAUGUACUACUAAGUGUGAAAGCCUAUUUACGAGUGUCCCGUAAAUGGAUUCGCCCAGGACUUGAUGAUACUACGUACAGACCUUCGUACCUCGUACUAUGUUGCUUAUAAAGAUUGCGAAACCUCCCUAUUAUUUCAAUAAUUAGAUUAUAGCCUGAGGCAAGAAAAU